AUGGAGGCAGAAUGCAGCAGUUACAUUAACGUGGACGGCGCACACGUGGACGCCUUCUUGUGCCCUAAAGUGGCCAAUUCUCUGGAUUAUUAUUGUUGUGGAUUUAACGAUAUGAAGUACUGCUGCGAUGAUCCGCAAAGUUUUUUUCCGUACGAGUAUGGAUACAUGUGGUGGCUGAGCUUCGGCGCUCUGGUGGGCCUGUCUGUUGCUGCUGUUGUCCUAUUGGCAUUCCUCAUCAUUGUUUGCGUUCUCUGCUACCUCUUUAUUGCCACAAAACCCAGUCGCUUUGACAACGGAUUGGCUUUGAGACCUAGACCAGCAGAAGACGAUUUGGGAGGUGGUCCGAGCCAUGACAGAGGCUCACAGCUCUCUGCUCCACGUGGGAUCGGAAAACUUUUUGCGAGCAGGAAACUGGGAUCGGAAAAAGGACUCGCUAAUACGCCAUACAAUCUUCUGACAGAAGAAAUGGAGAUGAGACCGGGGAGAUCCAUCCUCACAGGGGCACUUCUAUUUGUUUUGAAUGUUUUGGAGAUACACGUGACGUGUGCUCCCAUCUCUGAGAUCCAUGGAGGUCCACAAAGGCAUCUCCUGGCUGAAGUGUUAGAUGUAGAGCCAACAAAAAAUGCUUCCCUUGAAAUGGCCGUCGGUCCAGAAGGAGGAGUGAAGUCUCUGGAGUGGUCGUACUUGGCGGCAGGACUCGCCACACUCCUCUCUCUCUCACUCCUCAUCGUCAUCGCUGUGAAGUAUCAGGUUUUCCACCGCUUCCUGGCCAGCUACAGACACUCACUUCUUGAAGAGAGCGAUGGUGUAAGUCAGUAUGGACCAGAGGAGGUGGCCUUUCCCAACAGUAUAUCCUCUCGUGUGGGAAUGGGUCCUGGGACACGGACCGAGAUGGAGGAUGAUGAUGAUGGCUUCAUUGAAGACAACUAUAUUCAGACAAGUGAGCGGCAGAGGGCAGAGAGAGAGGCACUAGAGGAAGAGGAGGAAGAGGAGGACAGUGAUGAUGACCUGGACCUGCAGUUCACCAUAGGCUGA